UUCCAACUUUGGGCUGAGGGUGAGCCUGUCGGUACCUGCAUCACGAUGGAUUCGUUGGGACUCUGGAGUGGAGUAUCAUGUAGCAGUACGGCAAGCGUCAUAUGUGGAGCUAUUGGACCAAUUAGUCUCCCGGUCCAAUCCUCGGGGGUAACGAUGGCAGAUUCUUUGCCACGAACAUACCAAGAAGCGAAAGCCGCUUGUGCCACCGUAGGAGCACAACUCUUCGAAGUGCGCUCUUCCAAUCAACAAACCUCAGCCACGAAUACUCUGCAGCAGUUGGAGGCGCAAACCCUAUAUACGGAUGCAUGGAUCGGUGUGAACGACAUCCAGUUGGAGGGAAAUGUGGUAGGAGAGAACACUGGGACGGCACUCACGGAAACCUUCUUUGCAUUGCCCGACAUGAAUGACAUCAAUAGAAACUGCGUUGCCCUCAUCAAGAAUCAGGGGUACGCGUGGGAGUUCCGUGACUGCAACACCAGGCUCGUCUUUCUCUGCUAUUUCCCAUAA